GACGACACGGGAGGGGAAAAAAGGGGGGGCAGUGGAAGAGGGCAUCUUUGUGCACCGACAGAAAAUUGUCACCAAAGCUCGGGACUCUUCUGUCGCGACGUCACCCGGGGGAUCGAGCGCGCCAUAUCGCCAAUAAGCGCGGGUUACGAUGAGUGCCACCAAAGCAGAAUCCAGCGCGAAGAGGAAGAGGUCAAAACCACAUAAACUGGGAGACAAAAAGAGAAUACUAUCGCGAAAAGACUCGGAAGAGAUCGUCCCGUCCAGCCAAGAGAGCUCGAGAGGCAGAAAUGAAGAAUUUGAGAAGGAAAGGGAACACUCGCCAGCACGUUCAACGGAGGAGAGCGUACCCCAAAAAUGCCCCAACGGAGGCAACAGCACACCAAGAGGAAGAGGGCGGCCAAAGGGAAGCAAGAACAAGACUUUCACCGCUUCUUCUAUAAUGGUCUCCAGAGCCAGAAAUGGUCAAUAUCAAAGGGACCUGCAUCACACACAGCCCUUCCCGAAACACGAGGAGAAACGUGAGCAUCCCGGCGGAGGGGAUAUACCCCACCGAGGGCGAGGGAGGCCCAAGGGCAGCAAGAACAAAGCAUACCCUGGUUCUCUGAAGGUCACAGUCCAGUCCGCCGGGGAGAACAUGCCAAAACGCACAAGAGGACGACCAAAGGGAAGCCUCAACAAGAACCCGUCUAAAGCUGCUCUAAAGGUGAAGACUGAAGUCCCAAAAAUGGGGAGAGGAAGACCCAAAAAAAUACUGGCAACCAACGGAGCUGUGGUCCCAAAGCGUGCCAGAGGCAGACCAAAGGGAAGUUUGAACAAGAGAUCUUCUGCCAAGAAGGUAGAUGGUGGCAGCCGAUACGAGGGCAACCAUCAUGGAUCGGUUAAUCUUGUGGAGAAAAUCCGUCUGCAUCGGGACAUUCGCGGAGAAGAAAUCGUUAAUAAGUUGAAAGGUGUGUACACAGACGGAGGCAGUGACCGCGAGAAUCGGCCUUGA